AUGAACGAGAUUGGUGUGGUUACCGAGUCACGCUUUUCACUGGAGAGGUUUGCGUUUCAGGGAGUACCAUUGUUGACUGAAAGGGACCUCAUCGAUGCCGUUCAACUUGGAAUUAGCUGCAGCAAAGAUGGUGCAGUUCCCACGCAGCUCAACGUGGGCCUCGUCCGACGAAGCUAUCAGCCCGGACAGUCUGUGUCGUACAAAGAGGACGCCCGCUUUGGCAUCCUCCACAACAUGAGAAAUGAAAACGUGCUCCCAACAGAACAAGGCGGCAGCACCGACAUCAUCAGACAGCUUAUGGCGCAUUCCGGUACAGACCCAUCGAUUCUGCAACAGAAGCGACCCAGGAGCUCCGAACUGAGCAUCAUCACACCCUUGUCAGUUGUUGGUAUUGAUUCUCUGGUAAGUAUUGAGACUCGGCGAUGGUGGCGCCAGAAUCUGGGAUUGGAGAUUAGUAUCUUGGAGAUUACGAAUGCGGCUUCGAUCACGCAUUUGGUUGGAGCUGCUAUUCGGGGAUUGCAGGCGAAGAUGGGACAUGUGUCGAAGUAG